AUGACACAGGCCUUCGCUAAGACCCGUCUCACAGCAGAACCCAUCCUCAUCAAGCUGGAGACUAAGAUCUUUUAUGUUCUGGUCUCUUACCAUGUCCCCUUGAAUGAUUUCGUCCGGUUUCUGGAUUCUUCCUCGUUUAUCUGGGAUAUACUAGAUGAUCUACAGCAAGCUUCACGUCGGUAUAGCUGA